UGCACGUAAAAAUCUACCUGUGUGUGUAUAUAUUCACACAUAGGUAGCCGUGCUUGACACUUGGAGUAGCAGCACAGAAAGUUAGCAGCAGAGGUCACACAUUUCUCAGUUCUCUACUCACUGUUCAGUGCCAGAGAUGGAGGGACAGGUCCCAGCCGCCUCGGCGCUUCAGCUGAGCACCUUCACCAAGAUCAAGUCCAUCCCGGUGGCGGUGCGCCUGACGGCACCAGGGGCCGACCAGCCGGUGCACAUCCCUGUCGACGUCGUGGUCGCCAUCGACACCAGCAUGAGCACCACGUUUCCUGGCAAGGAGAAGAUGCUGGAGCUGGAGAAGGCCGCCGUGGAGCUCGUCGCCGGGAAGCUUGGCCCCAGCGACCGCCUCGCCGUCGUGCCCUUCUUCAACGAGGUCGCCAAGGACCCUGCCGCGAAGGAGAUGGAGAGGCUCCUCCCAAUGUCUGACCAAAACAAGGAGAAGAUCGGAGCCCUGGUGAAAGUACGCACGUAUGCGCCUGGACACGGCACCAGGUUCUCUACCGCCUUGGACAAGGCUGAGACGAUCCUGAUGGAGCGAGAUGACGUUAGCCGUGCGGCGUUCAUCAUCUUCUUAUCGGACGGCGGCGACGACACCAUCCUCAGCGAGAAGGAGUGGACACGAGGGAACAGCGCGCUCAAGGACCCCAAGUACCCUGUGCACACGUUCGGCUUCACGAACCACAAGGCCGACACGCUGGGCCACAUCGCCGGCAAGACCAACGGGACCUACUUCCCCGGCGACAUCGCCACCAGAGACGACCUCGGCAAGUUCGCCGCCGCGUUCGGCGGCCUGGUGUCCCGGCCGUUCUCCGCCGCAAACGCGCGCGUCGAGCUCGCGUCUGUGCACCCUGGGGUGUCGAUAUCGAAGAUAGAGUCAGGGGAGAAGAAUGCCAGCAUCAGAAAGGAUGCGAGGUCCGGCUACGUGGACGUCGGCGCGAUCAACGCCGGGGAGACGACGGAGUUCACGGUGUACAUGGACUUGCCGGAGGGAGAAGCCCCAGCUAAUGUCAUGGAGGUGCUUGCCGUGGAUGGCUCCUACACGCAGGGCUGGGACGGGAAGCCUGCCACGCUUGGCCGCUGCGUUGUUGUUGGUGGAUACAAAGUCCUAACAGAAUAGAUAGGCUCCGGAGGCACGUUAUAGUGAGAAUCUUCCUUCCUCCUCUUCUCUACCCUGGUUGUAACAUCCCACAUUUCUAUGUGAAAAGUUAAAGUCAGAAUGGAAACGUGGAUGAAGAAAUUUCUGGCUC